CAAGUCGUUUCGACAUGAAGGCGAUCACAUUGGUAGCGUUGGCGGGCCUUGUAGCUCUGGCUGCAGGUUACGUCGUGGUUCCAGAAGACAAGAUUACCUACGCGGACAAGGAUUUCCUGGUGAAGCAGAAACAGCUGUUGGAAGUUUUCCAGCAUGUCCACCAGCACGAAGUCCACACCGAGCUGUGGGAGGUGUCGAAGGAGUACAAAAUCGAAGAAAACUACGAUCACUACACUAACGUCGCGGCAGUGAAGGAGUUCGUCAAGUUCUACAAAUAUGGUAUGCUGCCGUUCGAUGAGAUCUUCAGUGUUUUCCACUACACGCAUCGCGAGCAGGCCAUCGCAUUGUUCCACCUGUUCUACUAUGCCAAGGAUUGGGAAACUUUCUACAAAUCCGUCGUCUGGGCUCGUUUCCACGUGAAUGAAGGCAUGUUCGUUUAUGCUGUAACGGUCGCCAUGCUGCACCGCAAGGAUUUGGCCGGCCUGGAACUUCCAGCUCCCUAUGAAAUCUACCCCUACUAUUUCUUCAACACCGAAGUGGUUCAGAAGGCCUCCCAGUACAAGAUGCAAGGAUUCUAUGGCAUGAAGAAGGUCGAUGAUGUCUACACUGCUGUCAUCCCAACCAACUACACGGGCUGGUAUGUGCACACCAACGUCGACCAGAAGGUCUCCUACUUCACAGAAGAUAUUGGCCUGAACACGUACUACUACUACUUCCACGCUGACUACCCAUUCUGGAUGGGCGGCAAGGAAUUCGGCCUGUACAAGGACCGUCGUGGCGAACUGUUCCUAUUCAAGCACCAGCAGCUGCUCGCUCGCUAUUACAUGGAACGCUUGUCCAACGAUCUCGGAACCAUCCCGGAGUUCUCUUGGUACAAACCUCUCCCCACCGGAUACUAUCCCAACAUGCAUUACUACAAUGGAGUUUCGUUCCCGUCACGCGACAACAACCACUACGUCUACACCCCAGAAAACUACUACGACGUCGACGAACUGGUUGAUUACGAGCACCGUAUUCGCGAAGUCAUCGAUCAAGGAUACCUGGUCUUCCCCAAUGGAAGCCACGUCGAUCUGACCGACCCCGAAUCCAUCGAAUACCUCGGAAACGUCAUCCAGGGUAACCCGGAUAGUGUCAACACUCGCUACUACAAAUACGUUGGACAAAUCGCUCGCAUUCUGCUGGGAGCUUCCGUCGAACACUUUGAUGACCAUAAAGUCAUCCCAAGCGUCUUGGAGCACUACGAAACCUCCCUGCGUGACCCGAUGUUCUACCAGCUGUACAAGCGCAUCAUCCACUGGUACUGGGAAUUCAAGGAUCACCUGCCGCACUACACCUACGACGAGCUGAACUUCGCCGGAGUCAAGGUUGAGUCCGUUGAGGUCGACAAACUGGUCACCUACUUCGAUCGCUCCGACGCCGACAUCACUAAUGCCGUUGACGUUGAAGUCUUCGAUGAAACCACCAUGAAGGGAUCGGACAUGAAGAAAUUCGGCAAGAUCGCUCACUACCAGGGAGAGGACUUCGUCAUCAAGGCUCGCCAGUGGCGUCUGAACCACAUGCCAUUCACCUUCAAGCUGAACGUUGUGUCCGAGAAGGUCACCAAGGGUGUGGUGCGCGUCUACUUGGCACCCAAGUACGACCAAUACGGACACGUCUAUGGGGUCAACGAGAACCGCGAGAACUUCUACCUACUGGACGUGUUCCCGUACGACUUUGUCGUUGGCAAGAACGUCAUCACCCGUGAUUCGACUCAGUUCUCGAUGUUCGUGCAGGACCGCACCCCGUACUACGAGCUGUACAAGUGGGUCAUGGAUGCGUACAACGGCGUGAAGAAGUUCCCGCUGGACAUGACCGAGGCUCACUGUGGUUUCCCGGCUCGCCUGAUGCUCCCCAAGGGCAAAAAGGGCGGUAUGCCCUUCCAGCUGUACUUCAUCGUGUCGCCGUAUCACGCUCCGAGCACCCCCCAACACGAAGGCUACGACUACACGCUGAACUGCGGUGUGGGCUCGGGAGCACGCUACGUUGACUCGCUACCGUUCGGAUAUCCGUUCGACCGGCCAAUCGACGAGAAGGUCUGGUUCACCCCGAACAUGUACUACUACGAUGCAAUGGUGUUCCACAAGAACGAGAAGGAGAUCAAUGCCGUCCACUGAGGAGGUGGGACGCGGUCGUGAAGGGUGUUUGAAAAUGUAAGGAAAUGGUUCACUGAGUAUAUUGGAUUUAUGUUGAUAAAUUAAA